GCUCAAUGCCGUUGAAAAGUCGACGUCAAAGCCUCCCCGUCCCCUUAUAAAUGGCGACGUACUCUCAUCGUCAUUCAUUCCGUUCUCGUUCUCGUUCUCGUUCUCGUUUCUGUCAAACAUCUUAUCGAUUAGAAUUGGGGGAAGAGUCUUUCGAAGGAUUUUCAAGAGAGAAUUUGUUUUGUUGAUUUGAGAGAUGGCUCGUACCAAGCAGACUGCUCGCAAGUCGACCGGUGGCAAGGCUCCAAGGAAACAACUCGCUACAAAGGCUGCAAGGAAGUCGGCGCCCACCACAGGCGGUGUCAAGAAGCCUCAUCGCUACCGCCCUGGAACUGUUGCUCUCCGUGAAAUUCGCAAGUACCAGAAGAGUACGGAGCUUUUGAUCCGUAAACUUCCCUUCCAGCGCCUCGUUCGUGAAAUUGCUCAAGAUUUCAAGACUGAUUUGAGGUUCCAAAGCCACGCUGUUCUGGCUCUCCAAGAGGCCGCCGAGGCUUAUCUGGUUGGUCUCUUCGAAGAUACCAAUUUGUGCGCAAUCCACGCCAAGAGGGUGACUAUCAUGCCAAAGGAUAUCCAGCUUGCUCGCCGUAUCCGUGGUGAACGUGCAUAAGAUGUUUAGCUGCUUUUAUGGGUUAUGAUUUUUUUUAUCAGGACUACUAGUCCAAGGGAAUGGAUAUUUGGUUCGUUUGCUCUUUUGUAAAGGGUUAUUUAUUGAUAGUAUUGAAAUGCAAUUCAAUUUAGAAUUGUUGACAUUGCCAAAGAUUUAUGAAUGUGGCUUUUGUUCAUGGAAUUGAAUUUCUGGUUAAUAAGAACUUUGUUCUUC